AUGAUGGCCUUAGUACCAAGAUCGAAUGGUAAUAGUAAUGGUGACAAUCAAAAUGCUGAGAAAGUGUGCGAUAUCCUCCAAGAAAUUCGUGAUGAAUGUCAUACACUUAGAACAUUCGUUUCCCAACAACCACAAGGUAAUAAUAACACGGAUAGGAAUAAUUUAUCAGAAAUGCUUGCUCGAGCAGAACAUACUGUAAAGGAGAGAACAGAUGAUGUAUUAAAUAUGCUCAAUGGAAAUACUGUUACUACAUUAACUUUUAAUCAAUUACGUGGUGGACAUCCACAUAUGCAAGAUGGAUCGACUCUUGAUCAAUUUAAUCAAUAUCAACAAUAUCGUGAUGGUGCUAAUGGAGUUUCACGAGAAAGAAUAUAUACUAGUCAUCAAAGAUAUAAUGAAGGCAUGCCAAUUGUUUCCAUAGGUGCUCAACAACAACGAUUAGUAGCACCAGGUGCUGUUGCUCGUUUAGAAUAUGAAGCUAAAAUAAUGCGUAAUCCAUUUAAUAAACGUAAUCGUCAAUUAUUACAUGAUAAUUAUGGUAUUCAAUUACCUAUUAUUGAAAAACAACAACGAACACCAACAUCAAAAAAUCUUAUGUUAGGAAAAACAACUGAACCACUUGGUAUUUUACCACUUAAAACUCGACGUAAUCCAAUUGAUUAUCCUGUUCCAUUAACAUCAGAAGAUGCUAAACGAGGAAUAAUAAGUUUAGUCGAACGUGGUAUUAUUCCACAAGGUGCACAUAUUACAUUAGAACCACCACCAAUUCAGCCGAAAAAAUCAAGUCUAAAUGAUCCAGCUUUACGAUCAAAAGUAUAUAUUAGAGACGAACCUAAUACAUCUGUUUAUCAUCUUGAACCACCAAAUAUUAAACAACUUGCUAUAACUGAUAAAACUUUAUCACCACCACCAUUAAUGGACCAUACAUCAAGUGGAACAUUAACUGAACCAAGUGAAAAAGAUUUAGCUCUUUUAUUAGCACGUAAUAAAUCUCAUGAAUUAACCAUAAAUGAAUCACGUAAAUCAUCUGCUAAUCAAACACAAAAAGGUAGUUUAAUUGUAACAAAUAGUGGUGGUAUUGGAAGUCUUGUUGGUCGUCCAUUACCAACACCAGCAUCAAAUUUUGAAUAUAAAAAAACAUUUCGUUUAAUUAUACAAAAUGGUUUAACAAAGGAUCAAACAGAAGACUUUCUACAAUUUCGACAAUUUUAUUGUUUAAUGUGGGGAAGUAUUGUAACUGUAUUUCGAAUAUUAGAAAAACUUAUGCAUGAUUAUGCUAUACCAGUUGCAUUUAUUCAUGGAGAAAAAGUUGCUGAACUUGCACAAACAAUUGAAUUUGAACAUAAACCAACAAUAGAAGAACUUCUUAGUACAGUUAUUAAUCGAGAUGAAGUUGAAGAAUUAAUUAAAAAACCAGGCCGUCGAUUUUAUGGUAGUGGUGGUAAAGAACGAGCAGCUAUUGCUAUUCAAUCAUAUUGGCGUUGUUUUCGUGAUCGUCGUGCUUAUAUACGUUUACGUAAACGUAAAUGGGCAGCAAGUGUUAUUGCAUUAACAUGGUUAACACAGGUUAAAUUAUCUAAAGUACGAAAACAAUUAGUAAUAAUUCGUAAUCGUCAAUUAGAUUUAUAUAAAACAAAACAAAAUGAAUUAAAACGAAAUUGGUCAUCAAUAUCAACAAAUCGUCGUGUUAUUGUUCAUAUACCAUCAUUAGGUUUAUCACAACGUGUUAGAAGAAAAUUAAAUAAUUUACCUGUUAGAGAAAAUUAUCAAAUAGGACGUUUAUGUGAUUUAGAUGAUCCAAAUGUUGAUAUUAUAUAUGUUUCACCAAUGACUAUUAAUGAUGAAAUUUUACAAUAUUAUAAUAAAUUAAUGAAUUUACGAGCAUCUAUAGAACAAAAUACUGAACAAGGAUCAUCAUCAUCAUCAUCAUCAACAUUUGCAAAUGCUAGUGAAAGAUUUAUGAUUGUUGUACCAGAAGCAUUGCAUAGUUUUCCUAUGCAUAAUAUGUGUUUAGCUACUUUACUUAAAUAUAGUCCAAGAGCUUUGAAACGAAUUAAAAAUUUAAUAAAAGGUCGUGAUGCUUAUAUUGUCACAGGUGUUUCACAUGUAGAUGAUCUUUAUGUAUCUGAAUAUCUUGAUAUUCCCAUCUUUGGUUGUGAACCUGAAGUAUCAUAUUUAUAUUCAACAAAAUCAGGUUCAAAACGAAUAUUUGAAGCAAGUAAAGUUCCAGUACCAUUUGGUGAAUAUGAUAUUUAUAAUCAACAACAUCUAUUGGAAUCAUUAGCACAAUUAAUUAUUGAACAUCUUGAUGUUCAACGAUGGUUAUUUAAGAUAGAUGA